GGUUUGUGGAAAACCAUCAUAAAUCCAGGGUUUGAUUUGGCUGCCUAUUUCUGAGUGGUAUAUUGGCUCACGGCCUAUAACAGAGAGAGACAAUCUCAAGCGUUGCGAUCUGACACAGAGUGAAACUAGAGGCUUUUCGGAUUUACGUUCUAUGCCUUUGCCUCCACUGCUAUUAAAAGAAAAACUGCUGAUCAUCAAAAAGUGCUGACCUUUUUCCAACCGUCUCUGCUGUGUCAUUUCUGUCUGAGAAAUCGGUUACACACGGUAUUUCACUGCUGCGGCUUCUCUUCCUGUGAAUAAGUAAGGGGGUCUGAUAAACCCUGGCUGCACGGUGGGGUGUUCAGCAUAGCUGCACAAAGCUCUCACCGACACCAUGCUGGGUGUACCUCUGUUCCUGCAGCUGGCUCUACUGCCCUUGUUGGUACGCACAGCCCAACAGGACUCAGGCAUUGUGAAUGGCAGGGAGGCUCAGCCACACUCCAGACCUUACAUGGUCUUUGUGCAAGGGAACAAGCACGCCUGUGGAGGUUUCCUGGUGUCCAACUCCUUCGUAAUGACGGCAGCACAUUGCCUGGAGUGGGGAGAGAACCUGACAGUUCUACUUGGGGCCCAUGACAUUUCUGAGAAACGAAAGUCAAUCUGGGCUGAAGUAAAAUUCUACCACAUCCACCCUGGGUACGAUCGUGACAGACAGGAGAAUGACAUCAUGCUGCUGCAGCUCAAGACUGCAGUUCAGAAGAGCAAAGAAGUGCAGUGGAUCCCCCUGCCAAAGAAAGAUAAAGACAUCAAGCCCAAAACGCUCUGCAGUGUGGCAGGAUGGGGGGCCAUCAAAACGAACGGGACCCUAAGCCCACGCCUCCUGGAAGUUAAUGUGAGUGUCGUGGACCGAAAGCUGUGCGACAAAUUAUGGAAAAGACCAAUCACAAACAGGAUGGUGUGUGCUGGGGGAAUUGUCAGCAACAGAGGAGUCUGCAAGCUCAAGACUGUAGUUCAGAAGACCAAAGAAGUGAAGUGGAUCUCCCUGCCUGAGAAAGACAAAGACAUACAGCCCAAUACGCUCUGCAGUGUGGCAGGAUGGGGGGCCAUCAAAUCGAAUGGGACCACAAGCCCACGCCUCCUGGAGGUCAACGUGAGCGUCGUGGGUCGAGCAGAGUGCCAAAAACGGUGGAGGAAUAUACACAUCACGUCCAGGAUGAUGUGUGCAGGGGGAAGUAAUGACAACAAAGGAUUCUGUACGGGAGACUCAGGGGGUCCACUGGUGUGCAGUGGAGAAGCAGUGGGAAUCGUUUCCUUCAACAAUAAUUAUACCUGCACCUACCCAAAUCUGCCCAACGUUUAUACUCAGAUCUCAAAUUUCUUGCCCUGGAUCAAGAACUACAUCAACAACACUUCUUUGUCUUUCUAGAAACGUUAAUGACCUCGUGCUUAUGUAGACAAUUACCUCCCUGGUAGCUGAAUAGUGAAAAUGCCCAGGCUGGUGAAAUCCCCGGUCUCUUGUAAUUUGCUUCACCAUGCGCUUAUUUUAACAACUAAAAUUAAGCUAAUUCCAUUUCCCAUCUCAAUACUGCAUGUUUAGAUGUGAUCUGCUAGGUUUUGUUUAUUAGUCAAUUCUGCAUUUCCCCCAUGCAAACACUGUGGUUCUGGCAUUACAUUAGCUUAAUUAAAAUGCAUGCAAAUAUGA